CUGUGGCGGGUUUUAGUAGCUAAACGAUAGGCUGAUAUUUGUCCACGAAUGCUGACUUUUACGGCUUUAAACAAAUCCUUUUGAUACAUACGUCCAAUCAUUUGCCCAUUUUGAGGUUUUAAAAUGUUUCACAGCAGCACAGAAGAGGUGACACCGGGCGGUGACACCCCAGAAUGUGGACCAGUCCGCGGUGUGUCCUCCGUGGACAGAAGCGGAUUCAAUGAAACUACCUCGUACGGACCCGCAUCGGCUUCAUCUGCUUCAUCCCGCCGCAGUUUAGAUGAAGGCAGUACGAGCUCCAGCCAUGGUCCAUCACUCCCCCGAAUACUCUCAGGUCAGUUCCCUCACAACUGCAGGUUAGGCUGGACAAAUUCAUCCAUCCUUGCAUCCACUUCAGAUGGCACACCUAUUUGCAGCAAUGGAGGAACACCAAGACUAAGGAGGACCCUGGGGUCACACCCUGCGCGGACACCACUGACGGAUCAUACUGCAACAACUAGCUCCUCUCCGACCACAACCUCCGGUGCCUCUGUGAUAGUGGCUGUGGUUGAAGGGCGCGGUUUGGCCAGAGGAGAGAUUGGCAUGGCCAGUCUCAACUUGAAAUGUCCAGAGCUUGUACUCUCUCAGUUUGCAGACACUGGAACGUAUGCCAAGGUUAUAACCAAGAUUCACAUCUCGGUGCCGCUGGAAAUACUGAUGCCAGACACAGCCAGUGAGAAGGGGAAAGGGACAAAGCUGUUCAACCUCAUCACAGAGAACUUCCCGGGAGUAGCUUUCACUGCUAUCCAGAGGAAGUAUUUCAAUGAGAGGAAAGGACUGGAGUACAUUCAACAGCUGUGCGCUCCAGAAUUUAGCACUGUCCUCAUGGAAGUGCAAGCCAAGUAUUAUUGCCUUGCAGCUGCUGCUGCUUUGCUGAAAUAUUUAGAGUUCAUUCAGAACUCUGUCUAUGCGGCCAAGUCCCUCAAAGUGAGCUUUAAAGGAAGUGAACAGACAGCAAUGAUCGACUCAGCUUCUGCCUCUAACUUAGAGUUGGUAGUGAACAAUAGAGACCACAGGAGUGAACAUAGUCUUUUAGGGGUACUUAAUCACACCAAAACGUCGGGUGGUGCCAGAAGGUUGCGCUCAAAUAUUUUGGAGCCUCUGGUUGACGUGGAUACCAUCAACAUCCGCUUGGACACCAUACAGGAGCUGCUGCAGGAUGAGGGACUCUUCUUUGGUCUGAAAAAUGCCAUAGGUCAUUUCCUUGACAUCGACCAGCUGCUCUCUGUUCUUGUCCAAAUCCCAAAGCAGGAAACCGUUCAGGUUGCUGAAGCAAAAAUUGCACAUGUUAUACAGCUGAAGCACACACUGGAUCUGGUGCCGAGGUUAAGGAUGGUGUUGAAGGAUUGCAACACAGCUUUGCUUAAAGCAUACAGCACUUCUCUGGAGGACAACAGGUUUGACAUGAUCCUGGAGCAGAUCAAGACAGUGGUAAAUGAUGACACUACCUUCCUGAAGGGGAGCCUGAAUAUGCGCACUCAGAAGUGUUACGCUGUCCGCCCCAACAUCAAUGAGUUCCUUGACAUUGCACGAAGAGCUUACACUGAGAUAGUGGACGACAUUGCAGGCCUAGUGAACCAGAUGGGGGAGAAAUAUGGUUGGCCAAUGCGUACCAGCUUCAGCACAGCCCGAGGUUUCUUCAUCCAGAUGAAGUUUGAAGGAGCAGUGCUGCCAGAAGGGAAACUGCCUGCAGAAUUUAUCAAGGUAACCAAGCACAAGAACAACUAUGGCUUCACUACUGCAGACCUGAUGAAGAUGAAUGACCGCUGUGAUGAGGCCUUGAGAGAGAUCUUCCACAUGUCUUAUGUGGUGAUAUGUCAACUGCUGAGCACUAUCCACCAGCACAUCCACUGCCUAUACAAGCUCUCUGAUGCUGUUUCCAUGCUGGACAUGUUGCUGUCACUGGCCAAUGCAUGUACUAUAUCAGACUACGUGCGUCCAGAGUUCACAGACACUCUGGCAAUCAAGCAGGGGCGUCACCCCAUUCUGGAGCGAAUGGCCGGACAGCAGCCUGUGGCGAACAACAGCUACAUCUCCGAGGGCAACAACUUUGUCAUCGUCACCGGCCCCAACAUGAGCGGCAAAUCCACCUACCUCAAACAGGUGGCGCUGUGCCAGAUCAUGGCUCAGAUAGGCUCUUUUGUCCCUGCUGAGUAUGCCUCUUUUCGUGUUGCUGAUCAGAUUUUCACCAGAAUUGGUGUGGAUGAUGAUUUUGAAACUAACUGUUCCACCUUCAUGUUAGAAAUGAAGGAGAUCUCUUACAUUAUUCACAACGUAAGUGACCGGUCCCUGAUCAUCAUAGAUGAGUUGGGGCGUGGUACCAGUGCUGAGGAGGGUAUCGGCAUUUGUCACUCAGUCUGUGAGUUCCUCCUUAGCCUCAAGACGUUCACCCUGUUUGCCACACAUUUUCUUGAGCUGUGCCAGCUAGAGUCCCUCUAUCCCAACGUGGAGAAUCAGCACAUGGAGGUUCAGCACACUCGCAGUGCUGACAGUGGUGCAGAGAGUGUGGUGUAUACGUUCUUGCUGAAUCGAGGAUGCUCUGAAGAAAGACACUAUGGUCUGAGAGCAGCAGAAAUGACUGCGCUUCCUUCAGACAUAAUUCAAGAGGCGAAGACAAUUGCCUCCAAAGUCAGCGAGCAGCUUUUGGCCAAACAACAGAGUGAUCCAGAAACACAGCGGCAGAGAGUUGUGUACCACCUGGCCACCCGCCUCCUGCUGACUGCCAGGAACUCUAGACUGGACCGAGACAGCUUGCGUACGUAUCUGAAGGGCCUGAAGAAGCAGUUUGAGGCAGAGCUGCAGGCUGCAGGGCAGACAGCUUCAGCUGACACAGAGGAGGAAUGACUGACUCAGCUUUACAGUGGGGAGGGGCAGUGAAGACAUGAAGAUCUGUGCCUGAUGCUUAUUACUAUUGUACUGUUUUUUUUAAUGAUUAUUAAUCAUUUAUUUGAUUUAAGUGUUCAUGUGUUUCUCUCUGUAAAUACUAUUAAACAUGACAAUUGAAUGUAGUCAUUAUAUAUAAUGUUCAAAUACGAUUAAAAAUAAUAA